ACCGCCGGUGUCAUCUCUGAUAAAUGAUUAUAGAAUCAAAAAUAUUUAAUAUCUUGAAUGACUAAAACUGUAUUGUAUGCACAACUAGAAUGACAACUCAAGCACAGAGACAACAGUCCGAGACAUGGUUGUGUUAACUUGGAAUUUGUGGCUCACCUCAUGUCAUAACAGAUUAACAUUACUUCAUCAAUUCAUUCAUUCAUCUUUCUCUUUUCAAAACAGGACACUAAAGACUUAAGACUUGUGACGAUGAUUCCAAUCUAGCUACCCUUUUUCGACCAAUCACAUUCUUCAUUCCCUGAAUCUGAUUGGAUCAUUCUUAAAAUAAUCCCAGUCUGAACAUAGCCUCAUCUCUGCCGUUCUGAGGGCCCGUGCAUGAAGAGGGCCUCGAAUGCAUUUGUCGCUGGAUACCAUAAACAUGGCAGACGAUAGCUGCCUCUCAGAAGACAACUACCACGACCUGGGUAAAGGGAGUGGCGCGGGGGUUGGAGGUCACGUCCACAGCAUUGACAUCAUUCUGGGCUUCAGUAAGGAGCAGGACCUCUUGAUCAACCCUGUGGCACCUGGGCGGAGCCAUAAAGUGGAUGAAGAGGAGCCGGGGGAGCAGGGAAAGCAGGUGACCUCUGACCCUUACGAUCACCUGCCAAGCCAGUCUGACAGCUCACAGCAGCGGUCCUAUCCUGACACAGGACUCUUCGCCACUGCUAAGUGCGAAGGGGAUCAUCACCAAGGUGGUGUGGAGAGUGACAGCAGGUCUUCUGAACCUCCCGACGAAGACCAACCCAAAAAGAAACACCGGCGCAACCGAACUACCUUCACCACCUACCAGCUGCAUGAGCUAGAACGCGCCUUCGAGAAGUCCCACUACCCCGAUGUUUACAGUCGGGAGGAGCUCGCCAUGAAAGUCAAUCUUCCAGAAGUGCGAGUCCAGGUUUGGUUCCAGAACCGCCGCGCAAAAUGGCGGCGUCAGGAGAAGAUGGACACCAGCAGCACGAAGCUCCAUGACUCGCCCGUGCUGGCCUUCCACCGGCCUGCCGCGCCAGCCAACGCGGGCCCCAUGUGCAGUCCAUUCCCCCUAGACCCUUGGCUCUCCUCCCCCCUCUCCAACAGCACACCCAUGCCCAGCGUCCCUGGCUUUAUGGGCACAGGCCAAAGCCUGCAGCCUGCCUACGCCAGCCACACAGGGUUCCUCAGCUCAUCUCCGGGCAUGGUGCAGAGCAUGCAACCCAUGCCUCCUCCGACGUACCAGUGCCCACCACCCUUCAACGACAAGUAUCCUCUGGAGGACAUGGAACGCUCUACCAGCAUUGCAGCUCUCAGGAUGAAAGCCAAGGAGCACGUCCAGUCCAUGGACAAUACCUGGCAACCUAUGUGA